AUUGAAAAAGUGACCACAGUGAACAAUUGAGGCUGAAAUGGGCAAAGAAUAAUUGUGUUGACAUUUCCCAUUAUUUGAAAAGUGGGAAGUUUUAGCUAGUCCAGUGGUUGUUCUGAUUCCAGACCAGGUAAAAGUUCAAGGAAUUGAUACUCAUAUUAAGCUACUUAACUCAGUGCCACUAGAAUGACGGAGGACAAGGAAAAUGUUCUCCAACCCCAAAGGAAGAACUCAGGAAAGGGAGCCAGGGCCCGGCGCCGUGGGAGUGUUCCGGCAGGAGCAGGCGGAGCCAAAGAAGGGGAGGGGGAGACAGGAAAACCUCGCCGUUUGGCAGGGAUUAGACCAAGAAUCUCCAUCGAAGAACUGAGAAAUGCAUAUAAACGGCAAGCUUCCACACCUCAGGAGGAAAUAUUACCAAUGUUCGAUCCCAUGGCCAAGGCCCAGGAGAGCAAAGGAGUCACCCGUGGGAGGACUGGUCUGGUCUACGAUGAACGUAUGGCCGAGCACCGAUGUCUGUGGGAUGCCAACUAUCCUGAAUGUCCUGAGAGACUGACACACACCCUGGAAAGAUGUCGGCAGCUGGGGUUGAUCGAGCGUUGUGAACCUAUAUUGCCAAGAAAUGCAACUGAAGACGAGAUCCUGAAAAGUCAUUCUCGGUCACAUCUCUACCUCUUGUGGAGUACGAAGGAUGAGAAGAACAAGGAAAAACUGGAAAACAUCUCUUCGCACUUUGACUCGAUAUAUAUUCAUCCAGAAACCUAUGAUCUUGCACUCUUGGCAGCUGGGAGCACCAUAGAUGUAGUAGAUGCAAUAAUGGCUGGAAAGAUUCAGAAUGGAAUGGCUCUUAUUAGACCUCCAGGGCAUCAUGCAAUGAAGACAGAGUUUUGUGGAUAUUGUUUCUUCAACAACGUGGCCCUGGCAGCUCAGGUGGCCUUGGAGAAACACAAGCUGUCUCGUAUUCUAAUUGUGGAUUGGGACGUUCACCAUGGCCAGGGUACUCAGCAGAUGUUCUAUGAGGAUCCAAGGGUCUUAUACUUCUCCAUCCAUCGUUAUGAAAAUGGAACCUUCUGGCCAGAGCUUCGGGAAAGUGACUACGACAAUGUUGGAGCUGGGCGAGGUCGGGGUUUCAACUUCAAUGUACCUCUAAACAAGACUCAGAUGAAAAAUGAGGAUUAUUUAGCAGUGUUUCAUCAAGUUCUCCUUCCUGUGGCAUAUGAGUUCAAUCCAGAGUUGGUCAUAGUGUCAGCAGGAUAUGAUGCAGCUGUUGGAUGUCCAGAGUUUGAUCCUGAGUUGGUUCUUGUUUCCUCUGGUUAUGAUGCUGCAGUAGGUGAUGAGAAGGGAGAAAUGGAGAUCACCCCUGCCUUUUACGCUCACCUCACCUCUAGUCUCAUGGCACUGGCAAAUGGACGUGUAGCUGUUAUCUUUGAGGGUGGCUACUGUCUUGAGUCGCUAGCAGAAGGAGCUGCUCUGACACUUAGUGCCCUUCUGGGAGACCCCUGCCCAAAGCUUCUGGAUCCCAUUUUGAAACCCUCACUAAGCAUGUGCGAGUCCCUGCUCAACCUUAUCUAUGUCCAGAGGCCAUACUGGAAAUGCUUCCAGUACCAAGGGUCCUUCUCUGUCCACGAGAAGACUAAUGGGGACACGGGAGAGCGCCACAUCCCCACCCUCUCCUACCUCGGCAAUGCAACAAAGCCCCUUCAGUACGAAACCAGGAACUGCUAUCCAGUCCAGUCUGAGGAGGUCAAGGAAAAGAUCAGACUCCAGUUGGCCAGGCUGAAGCAAGACAAACCUCCUCAGAUGUUUGAGAAUAAUAGACUCUGCUUGGUGUAUGACGAGGCCAUGAGUAAUCACCAUAGUUUGUCAGAAAAAGAGCAUCCAGAAAGACCAGAAAGAACAGAGAGAAUAUGGAAAUCUCUGAAACAAUUUGGCAUCAUAGAAAGAGCAACUAUCUUGCAGUCAAGAUAUGCUACACAGCAAGAGCUAGAGCUGAUUCACACACACGAGCAUGUAAACCUAAUGGCAAGUACAAGUGCACUAAGUGAAAAGGAGCUCUUGAAUAUGCAGGAUAACUACAAGUCGAUAUACCUUCAUCCCAAGAGCAAUGAAGCUGCUCUUCUGGCUGCUGGGAGCCUCUUGCAGGUUAUAGAUGAUGUAUGUAAUAACAAAAGCUUAAGUGGAAUAGGAGUAAUUCGUCCUCCUGGCCACCAUGCAGAGCAGGAUCAUCCACAUGGCUUCUGUUUGUACAACAAUGUGGCCAUUGCUGCUAAGUAUGCCAUUACCCACCAUGGUUGUGAAAGAGUGCUGAUCCUUGACUGGGAUGUUCACCAUGGUAAUGGUGUCCAGCAUGCAUUUGAGGCUGACCCAAAGGUCCUCUACAUUUCCAUCCACCGCUACGACCAUGGCCUCUUCUUCCCUUCUUCUGAAGAUGCCAAUUAUGACCAGGUUGGCUCCGGAGAGGGCGAGGGCUACACAGUCAAUAUUCCAUGGAAUAAGAGUGGUAUGGGAGACGCAGAGUACAUGUCAGCAAUGCUACAGGUGGUAAUGCCGAUAGCAUACCAGUAUGACCCACAGUUAGUGCUUGUGUCAGCUGGGUUCGAUGCAGCUCGUGGUGACCCUCUUGGAGGUUGCCGUGUCACACCUGAAUGCUAUGGCCACAUGACCAGGCUCUUGUCAAGCUUAGCUGGGGGCCGCAUGGUCCUGGCACUAGAAGGUGGCUACAACCUAAGCAGUAUUAGUUACUGCAUGACUAUGUGUGCCAAGGCUCUUCUCGGUGAUCCUCUACCCUCGCUUGAGUCAGGACUUGUGCCCAACAAGAAUGCUGUGCAAUCCAUAUCUGAUACUAUUAGAACCCAUAAAAAGUACUGGACAGCUCUGUCCUUCCAGGUUGAUCUUCCUGUUGAGGAUGUUCUGUGCCAAGGCUUUGGAGGUGGGGCCCAACCUGUGGAGUCAGGUGCUUCUGGUUCUGAAGUCUCUUCAACUAAUGUGUCUCCUGUCUCCACUCCGUCCACUGCAUCCCCUCCUUAUGUCUCUGCUCCAUCUUCUCCUGAUAAGACUUGGAAGAAUGGAAAUUCUAUGGAGAAUGGAGCAUCCCCACAAUUGGAAUGCAGCUCUGAAAGGACCAAGUUUGAUUCAGAUAAAAUGGACAUAGAUGUUACACCAAUCCCUCAAUUGCAGAGAUCUGUGAGAAGCAGAGUGAAGAGUGAAAAAGCUGCUUCAGCUUCCGUUGCAGAACAAAGGGAUGUAAAAGCUGGAGGAAUGCAGAAGCAGUUUGGUUCAGAGGGAAGUUCAAGGAUGAGCCGGAGAAAAGUUGGGGAUCAAGGUGGCUCAGGGGAGAGUGCUAACCACACAUCGACACCCAUCCGGCCAAGUAGACCCGUAAAAAAUGUAGGCCUUAUGCUCAGAGCUGCUGCAUCGUGUGUUGGAAUUGUGAAAGGAGCAACAGCUAUUGUCUCCAAUGAAAAUACACUAGAUUCUGGAAGCAUUAAUGGGAUCCUGAAACAAUGCAAAGAAUUGAAACUUUUGCAGUCAUGUACAAGAUUAGAGCCAAGACCAGCAUCUGAGGAGGAAAUUUUGUCAGUCCACACCAGAGAAACACUGGAAGGUCAUGUGCAGAGAGAGACAUGUAGCAAAAGCCCCUGUUCGGGUGACCCUGCACUGACUGCAGCUGGGAGCUUUGUAGAGUUGAUUAGUGAAGUGGUACAGGGAAAUGUGCUCAAUGGUUUAGCUCUUGUGCAGGUAUCUGAUCAUACCAGUUCAGGUAAUCAGAUAAUUAGCAAUAACUAUAUUAAUAAUUUAGCAGUUGGAACUCAAUAUGCUCUAGAUACUGUUGGGCUACAAAGGGUGCUCAUUGUUAACUGGAAUGCUCAGAAUGGUUAUAAUACUCAAAAUCUUUUUUACAGUGAUCCAAGAGUCUUAAUGUUUUCUGUCAAUCUCACUGAUGAUCAGAGUGCAACCAAAGGGUCAGUUGACAGACGAGGAGAGAACAAGGGCCUUGGUUAUACUUUUGAUUUAAGCCUUAACAGAGAUUCUCAGAGUAAGAAUUUUACCCAAGGAGAUUAUCUCGCAAUACUCCACCAGGUCAUCUUACCUGUGGCCUAUGAAUUUUGCCCAGAGCUGGUUCUCUUAGCAAUUGGUAAUGACUUAGUGCACCAAUCCCCAGCAGUGUCUCCACUCAUUUAUUCACAUAUAACUCAAAUGUUAAUGCCUUUAGCACAAGGCCAUUUAGCUGUGAUGUUAGAGGUUGGAAAUGCCAAGGAAAUAACCAAAGAUAUUGCUACUGCCACAUUGUCAGCACUGCUAGACAAAGCAGUAGCACUUUUGCCAGUAAUUUAUGAAAACACAUCAGAAGUACAAGAUUCAGUUGUUAAUAUGAUAAAUGUACAAGCAGCAACCUGGAAGAGUUUAAAACAACACGCUCAGAUCUCCUGUAUUAAUACAAAGAAGCAGGCAAAUGCAUCUUCAGCAGUAUUGUGUGAUGAACAGCAAAUAAUUGCUAAAGCAUUUGAUGGUUGUGUAACUACCCCCACACAUACACUUUGCCUUGCCUAUGAUGAGGGAAUGAUGGAACACUUCAGUUACGAUGAUGAGACUCACCCUGAAAGGCCAGAGAGAAUUAGUUGCAUCUUCCAGCGGCUGCAAGAAUUUGGCAUUGUUGGCCGCUGCCACCAAGUAAAGACAAGGUUAGCAUCAGCAGCAGAGUUAGAAACUGUCCACAGCCCUAAGCACAUAAAGUUUAUGUCAAGUUUACACAGCAAGAAGCCAAGAGAGUUGCAAGGAAUGCAGAACAGCUUUGAAUCCAUUUUCUUCCAUCGUCAGUCUAAUAAUGCUGCUCUUUUGGCUUCUGGCUCUCUCCUGGAAGUAGUCAACAGUGUUCUAAGAGGUGAAAGUCGACGUGGACUCGCAGUUAUCCGGCCUCCUGGUCACCAUGCUGAGAAGAACGUACCAUGUGGUUUCUGCAUUUACAACAAUGUAGCAGUGGCUGCCAAACAUGCCACUGGAGUUCAUGGUUUGAGUCGAGUACUGAUCGUGGACUGGGACGUGCAUCACGGCAACGGGAUACAGCACAUGUUUGAAGAUGACCCACAGGUCCUCUAUGUCUCCAUCCACCGCUAUGAUAAUGGCACGUUCUUCCCAGGCAGUCCUGAUGCCAACUACAAUAGGGCAGGCACCAAGAAAGGAAAGGGAUAUAAUGUUAAUAUCCCAUGGAAUAAGGGUGGUAUGGGUGAUGGAGACUACAUGGCAGCCAUGAUAGAAGUAAUCCUACCAAUUGCAUACCAGUUUAACCCUGAGCUGGUAUUGGUAUCUGCCGGUUUUGAUGCAGCCGUUGGAGACCCAUUAGGAGGCUGCAAAGUUUCUCCCGAAUGCUAUGGCCACAUGACAAAACUGCUAUCAUGCCUUGCUGGCGGUCGAGUUAUUGUUGCUCUAGAAGGUGGAUAUAACUUGAACACAAUCAGUUACUGUAUGACCAUGUGUGCAAAGGCUCUUUUAGGGGAUCCUCUCAUCCCUCUCAGUCAGGGCCUUGCAGCAUGCCCAAGUGCCUGUGAGACUUUGAACAAUGUCGUGUCUGUACAUCAGAAGUUCUGGUCAGCAUUAGACUUGAAGAGUAAAGGAAUGUCACCUAGCAGUCGGAAAUCUAAAAAGACCCCAAAACAAUCUCCAUCUGUCGAUCUUGCUGAUAGAAGUCCAGAGACCCCAGAUGGAAAAACUGGUCUUGAUGAAUUAACGAGCACCCUCAGCCAAAUGAGUCUGGGCAAAGAAGGGGAAGGAGCCAAAUCUGUGGAAGUUGUUGAUGUGAAAAUGGAAGAGGAGGAUGGAGCUGUAGGAGGCGCUUGUGCCACGUCAGCUGAAGGCCUGAACACUUUUUUACUCACGGAACUUUCAGGAGCAGAGUCUAUGUAUGCAGUUGUUCCUUUGCAAUGGUGUCCUCACUUAGAGUCAGUGAAGCCUGUGCCAAACAAUAGCUUGGAUGCCUUCAGUCCAUGUGAAGAGUGCAAAGACUUGUCAGAGAAUUGGGUUUGUCUCACCUGCUACAAGGUUUUGUGUGGACGAUUUGUAAAUGAGCAUAUGCUGAUGCAUGGUGUAACAGAAGAACAUUACAUGGUGCUAAGUUAUGCUGACUUGUCUGUUUGGUGCUAUUCAUGUGACUCCUAUUUACAUCAUGAGAUCUUGCUGGAAGCAAAACGGGCAGCUCACAUUAGCAAAUUUGGAGAGGAUAUCCCAGGCUCAUAGUGAAAUUACUUGUAUGUCAGAUAGAGAAUGAAUGUGAAAAAUUGAGAUGAAAAUCAGUCUUUUUUAAUAAUGUAUUCAGAGAAAACUAUAGUGAAGUUAUUGAAUAUUUAUUGUAUGCAACAUAAGUGCAAUGAAUAUUUAGUUACCAAAUACAGGAAUGGUACUUUGAACAGCCAUCCAUGUGCCAACAUUUCUUUAAAAGGAAAGAUCCACAAAGCAUGUGUUGGAACAGCUGCUUUGAAAACUUACUAACCCAAAGCUUUACCUCAUUUUUAAUCAUGCUAAGAAUAAUAAGGAUAAUACAAUAAUGAUAAUAAUAAUAUUGUUCAGUUUACUCCAGUACCAAAGGUCUUCAGUUUUGUAAGAAUGCCAAAGUCAUCUUUCUUUUCUUUUUUUUUUACACUAUUCACAUUUUUUUUUAUUGGUUUUCUCUUCCUUAUUGCCCCCUAGCCUUUCUCUCCUGAAUACACAAGGUUAAUCCACACUAUAACUACUUUUCUGCAAAGUUAAUCCACUUUCAAACCACUUAUUUUUCUACAUUUUAGUUGCUCACAUUCACAUGAACCUAACUAGUGUUGAACAUAUAAUGGAUUUUGGUGAUUACGGUUAUGAAUAUUAUUAUAGCAGAGUACAUGUGUUCAAGAUUCAUAAUUAUUAAGGUGUAAUUCAUGAUUCAUUUUAGUUCAAGUUUAGAUGUAAGAUGCUUUAUUACAUGAAUGUCCAAGGUUUUUUUUUCACAGAAGUGCCAGGUUAGGCUGUGUGACUUAAGCAAACAUAUAUCUCUAUGUAGAGGUUGGUUUAGUUUUGAACGCUAAAUUGAAAUAAUUUUCCGUCUUGUUUUGGUUGUACUGUAGCUUUAAAUGUAUUUAUUCAUAGUCUUAUUUUCUUGUAAUUACCAUUCAAAAAUAGUAUUCUAAUAUAUUGCAUAAGGAACUUGGUUAGAGGUGGCCUUGAUAAAGAUGUAAGGAAUUAGUUUGGAGUUUUAUAAAUUUUAUAUGGUGAAAUUUAUAUUAGGUAAUGAAUGUAAAUGCUCAGAG